CAUACUAUUUUUAUUUUUUAAUUCUACCACUAUAAUAGUAAAGCUAUUGAAUGAUAUUAUUUACUUUUUUUUUCUGGCAACACUAACCUAAAGUCAUCUGUUAAAUUCAUUCAUUUGUUUCGCGCGUAAUUCGACCUGUUCUAGUUUUUGUGACUUCGUGCGAUAAAAAGUGAAAGAAAUAUGCCUAGACCGUUGACGUUAGAUGAAAUUGCUGAGGUGUUGGACAACUGGGAUGAUCCAGGUGAUAUUAUUUUAUUUCCUCCUGAAGAUGGUACGGUGACUGACGAAGAUAGUGGAGACGAAAAUGAAGCUAAUAUACUACGUCUACCAAGUCGAAUGCUUCGAUCUCAUGUGGAACUACAAGAGAGACCCUCCACCUCAGGAGAAAAUUCUUCACAUAAUUUAGAAGAAGGAGAAGAAAUCGAUUUGCCUGCACCAAAGAAAAAACAGAAAAAAGACAAUACUAUAAAAAAAUGGUACAACAAUGUCAGCAAUAUUUCUUUCACUACUUGCGGUAAGGGAGACUGUGACGAAGAAGUUUUUAGUAAUCCCCAAAAAGAGAUAACUCCCGUGGAGUGUUUCGAGUUGCUCUAUGGGGACGAGAUAAUAAAGUUUAUAGCUGAUAUGAGCAAUUUAUAUGCUUUACAGAGAAAUCACACUCUAAAUGUGACUUGUGACGAAAUUAGAGUUUACAUUGCAAUACUGCUUCUUACAGGUUAUUUGACGCCAAAGUACAUGCGAAUGUUCUGGGAAGUAAAAAGUGACACGCACAAUGACCUAGUAGCAUCUAGCAUAAGGCGAAAUAGAUUUUUCGAAAUUCAGCAAUAUCUUCAUCUUUCAGAUAGUACAUCCUUACCCCCCAACGAUAAAUUUGCUAAAGUUCGGGAAUAUUUCACGAAACUAAACGGAAAUUUCGUUGCAAAUUUCAAAAGAGCUGGUUCCUCACAUAUUUCAAUCGAUGAAACUAUAGUGCCAUACUUUGGGAGACACGGCACAAAGCAACAUAUACAUGGAAAACCUAUAAGGUUCGGCUACAAGCUCUGGUCAGCAGCUACUCGCCAUGGAUAUCUAGUGAGUUGUGAGCUUUAUCAAGGUGCGUCUGGACCUGUCCUCAAAAUGCAGUCUGAAUUGGGUCUAGGUGCUGCUGUAAUUUUGGAGCUCCAUGCCAGAUUACCACAGGAGCUAGGGCCAUACAAUUUAUACUUUGACAAUUUUUUUACUGGGUUACCUUUGCUAAAAUAUUUGCGAGAGCAGAAUGUUGGGGGCACUGGUACUGUAAGAGAAAACCGUCUGCAGAAUUGCAUUUUGCCAAACUCGAAGGAAAUGAAAAAAGAACCCAGAGGUAAGCUAAGCCAUAAGAUCUCUGAUGAAAUAAUUGCUGCUAAAUGGCAUGACAAUAGUAUCGUCACCAUUGCAUCCAACUGUCACGGAUUAGAUCCUAUAACAAAAGUGGAUCGGAUUGGAUUUGUGGACAAAAAACGUGCAAAAAUUCAAGUCGACUGCCCAGCCAUCAUCAAGAUGUACAAUAAGUAUAUGGGUGGGGUAGAUCGUUUUGACGAAAACGUUGACUCCAUGAGAGUAUCUCUUCGUGGUAAAAAGUGGUGGUUCCCUCUCUUUGCUUUUGGAUUAGAUGCAGCUUGUCAAAAUGCAUGGCUGAUAAAAAGACAAUCAGAAAAUAACUGGACCUACUGCGAUUUUCGGCGAAAUGUGGCAACUAUAUAUCUGCAAAAAUAUGGCAUAUCUCCGAGCCGUAAUUCAGCUUGUGGUGUUCCUAUGCAGAUGAGAGUGCCUGCCGAAGUGAGGAGUGCAGGAAGUGCGGACGAUCACUCGGAAGUUGACUGCUCUCAACGAAGAUGUGGUUAUUGUCACCAACGCACUAGAAAAAUGUGUGCCAAGUGCAAUAUUGGUUUACAUCUAAAGUGUUGGUAUAGCUUUCACAAUAAAUAAGUUUAUUUUUUCAUUUUAUAAAUACAUUUUGUUAUAAAACCAGAUGUUUUAUUUCUACUGUAAGAAAAAAUGUUAAUUACACUAUGCCUAGUGUCACCUGUAGGUGACCCCCCCGAAAAAAAUAUAAGGGGGUAGUCUACAUUUAUUUUUUAUUUUUUUAGGCUUAUAUAAACACA